AUGGCAGAGUUGGCCCAGAGGACUCCUUCCACCCUCAGGGAGUUCAUGGACAGGGUGGAUGAUUUUGUCUAUGCAGAAGAUACUCUACAAGCUUUAGUGGACCCUUAUAAAGAAGAUACCAAGAUUGAGCAGAAUAACAGAGGAGAGAGAAAGGGAAAGACGCCGUCUUAUCAAACGGGCAGUCGGUACUGCAAGUAUCAUCAGACAAGCUCACACUGGACUGAGGACUACACGACCAUGAGAAAGAGGGUCGCUGAGUUAGCAGGAACUGGCGAGUUGGAGCGAAUGGUGGCGGAGCGGUCAAAACCUAGAAGGCGUCAGGAGACUAGGCAAGGAACAAGGCAGAGUUUUAGUCCAGAAAGAAGGUGUCACGUUAAUGACCGCCAGGACAAAGGGGUGAGAUUGCCCCCAAAAGGCGACAGGAACAGGGCGCCCAUAGGAGAGAUAAAGACUAUAGCAAGAGGUUUUGCUGAAGGUGGUGUUUCCGCGUCCGGCCGAAAGGCAUAUGCACUGAAGGCAAGAUAUGAAGAAGUUUUCGUAGCAGAUAAAGCGCACAAACAACCAAAGCUUAGUAAUGAGCAAAUGGUGAUAUCCUUUGAAGAGGCGGACAGGGAAGGAGUCCUGCGGGUGCUAGUAGACAAUGGGAGCUCGACUGAUAUAUUGUACUGGGAAGCAUUUGUCAAAAUGGGGAUCGAUGUUGGCAAACUGAGGCUCUCCCCUACACCAUUAAAAGGUUUCUUAAGGGAUACUAUUCAGCCCAUAAGAGCAAUCACCCUUUCGGUAACUACAGGAGCUGGGACGCGGACAGCAACCACCGUGACCGAUUUUUUAGUAGUAAAAGCUCAUUCCUCUUACAAUGCUAUAUUGGCAAGACCGACACUCAACCAUUUGAGAGCGGUAACAUCCACCUAUCAUCUCAAGAUCAAGUUUCCAACCGAUAGCGGUGUGGGCGAGGCAAGAGGCGAGCAGGCCCUAGCUUAA